UUCGGUUCGCGCAGUGUAGUGUCUGAAAUGCGCCUCUCGGCCAGACGCUGGCGCCAUCUGCAUUGUCAAUGUUGUUGGGCAGCAGCAGGAGCAGCAGCAGCAGCAGCAGUGGUGCUGUAAUGGAGCCGUAAGCGCGUUUUCCUGGCCCACCGUGUGCCCGCCGAGAACCGAGAGCGAGGCCCGCCGCUCGAACUGCACCCAGGACGGACAGCCUCCCCGGCAGCAUAGCCGAGUUCCGACGAGCAGCAGCGAGCGACCACCAGCAGUAGCAGUAGCAGCAGCAGCAGCAGCACCACCACCACCACCACCACCGCCACCACAACCACGGGGACGAGCAACCCAGCCAGCGCGCGCGCUCGCUGCAACGGCAUUCCCGUGAGUCUCGGACCAAGUCCCGCUGCGCUCAGGAUUGCGAAUCCCGCAUCGCCGUCAACGCCGCCGAGUCGGGCCCAGCGCUGGCCCUCGCGUCUUACCCGGCCCGCCGCCACCGUCACCGCAGCCGAAGCCACUCGCGGUCGCAGCUCGUUGGCUCUCUGCCGUGGGAGGAAGCGCGCGCUUGACCUGCCGAACGUGUUUACGUGCGUUCGGUGCCCGAGUGAGCCGAGGAGACAACGCCGCGAACGCAAGCUUGAGAUCAGUGCAUAACCUCCGUGCCGCGGGUGGUGCCCCCAGGCUGAUGGCCAAUUCGAGUGGACAGUGCCGUGGUGUUUCUACCCGCUCGUAUGGGUUCUCAGUGUCGUGGACUGUGUACCUGAUUCAGUGGAUACUCCUUUUCCAGAUAAUAACUAUAUGGAUAGCUAUGUAGUGAGUAUCUGCUAUCACAUACGGAUUUAUUGGAUGGAUUGACCGGUUGUUAUGUUAUGUUUCAAAGAGGGAUGCACACGGCUUGUCCGCAUGUGCCGCAAACCACUAGAUUGCUUGGUGUAGUAGAAUGGCACAACGAGGCAAGAGAAUCAACAGAAACGACAAUGACUCUGCGUCUUGCCCGGGCGCGAUUAAAAGGCGCAAAUGCAGAGUGGGACCAGCUGCUACGGAUACUGCAGUACCAGUGGCAGCGCUGGGCCCCUCCGAGGAGGAAGAAACGAUGGCGUCGUCCAGUCAAGGAGGGUCAUCCUGGACCCCCAGACCUCUCAGUGAUAUAAAAAUAUCCAGCAUCUACAACAGGUCGGCGGCAGAACCGCCGGCUGAACUCUACCGUAAAGACCUGAUUAGCGCAAUGAAAUUGCCCGACAGCGAACCGCUCAGUCCUAGUGAAUAUUGGCUUAUCUCUGACCAAUGGAAACAGGAAUGGGAAAAGGGAGUGCAGGUUCCUGUUAAUCCUGAUUCACUUCCUGAGCCUACGGUCACUCUUAUCCAGACUCCGCCUAUGAGUAAACUUUAUGGCGAGUUUAAGUUACCAAAAAAGUUUUUGAGAAUAUCACGAGAUGAUAGUUUUAAUACUGAAGAGCAUUAUUUAAGCAAUACUCCAGCUCGAGCUGAAAAGGCCUGUGGCUAUGACUUGGAUGACACUGAUAUCGCUUGGCUAGAAGUGCUGAAUGGUGAAAGAGCAUUGUGUGGCCAACCUUCAGUUACUGAGUCUCAACUUGAGCGAGUAAUAGAGGAAUUAGAGCAUCGCUGUUGGGAUAAAAUACAAACUAUAGUUAAAAAUGAAGAAGGUCUUGGAAUUGAGUAUGAUGAAAACGUUAUAUGUGACGUUUGUAGAUCUCCUGAUUCUGAGGAGGGUAACGAAAUGGUGUUUUGUGACUUUUGCAAUAUUUGCGUGCAUCAAGCAUGUUAUGGGAUCACAUCAAUACCAGAUGGUUCCUGGCUGUGUAGAACUUGUUCAUUGGGUCAGAGACCAGAAUGCGUAUUGUGUCCCAAUCCGGGCGGCGCUAUGAAGUCCACACGGAGUGGACAGAAAUGGGCCCAUGUGUCCUGUGCUCUUUGGAUUCCUGAAGUUAGCAUUGGUUGUGUAGAAAAGAUGGAACCUAUUACAAAGAUAUCCAGUAUUCCGCCAAGUCGAUGGGCGCUUAUAUGUGUGUUAUGUCGCGAACGCGUCGGUGCUUGCAUUCAAUGCAGUAUAAAAACAUGCAAAACAGCGUACCACGUUACAUGUGCUUUCAAACAUGGAUUAGAAAUGAAAGCCAUAAUCGAGGAUGAACAAGCAGAGGAUGGUGUCAAAUUAAGGUCAUACUGUCAAAAACACGGAAAAAUAAAUACAAAAGAUAAAAACAGUGGAGGAGGCGCAGGAAGCGGGAGCGGUAAAGGAGGCUCUGAUUCUGAUGAAGGCGAAGUUCGUCGAAGAAAACGCAAAGAUAUGAGUUCCGAGGAGAAAAAUCAGGCACGCGCGGCCAAAAAAAAAAUUUUUAAAAUUAGACUCCAGGAAAUCGAAGCUGAAUUCGACAAACAUGUAAGCUUAAAAGACAUCACGAAUCAGCAGUUAGAUGUGGAUUCUGACGCUAUAGUAUACAUUUAUAAUUAUUGGAAAUUAAAAAGAAGGUCGGGACACAACAAGCCGCUGCUUCCGCCUCGUUGUGGCGAGCUUUCAGGCUCGGGCGUCCGAGCGCAAGGCCAGGCUGCCGACAACGAGAAGAUGCGCAAAUUCGUGCAACUCCGCCAGGAUCUUGAGCGCGUGCGUAAUCUCUGUUACAUGGUUAACAGGCGAGAGAAACUUGGUCGCACGUUUCUUCGACUGCGUGAGCAAACCUUCCACAAGCAGGUGCUUCUGAUGUCGGGUCCAACUCUGCCUGCGACAGCCGUAUCGUCCAUCCUCGAAGCCAACCAUGGGCCUAGCAUCUAUGAUCACCUUUACUCGCAUCCCGACGCUGAGACGCACUCGCACGAUCUUGAUUCGCUACUGGCGCGUAUCAAAGGUCAAGAAUCUCCUGGGACGCCACUUUCAGGAGAUGAAAAGAAGCAUCAGCCAGAUUUUAAUGGCGCUUUGAACAAGCGGCUGCAUUUCAACGGCACAGUGACGCGUAAGAAGCUCUAUGGCAGCGAUCUCUCGUCUAUGAGCAGUAGCGAGACAGAUCAACCAAAGCCCAGUAAAAGUUCCAGCACGAACAAGACGAUCACUGAAAAGAAAUUGCAGCAGCAGCUUAGCAAGACGAAAAUCACGCCCAAGAUCGAGACUGACUCGAGUACUGAAGAAGAAGAUAAGCCAUCUGUAUUAGCGAGUAAGGCAAGUGGCAGUAAGGCUAGUCCCCGGCGUAAAUCGAAGAAGACGAGCGCACCAGACCGGCCACCUCGUAACUCGACUCGGAAGGUACACGAUGAAAGCAGUGAGAGCGACACGAAGCCCGAGACGGCAGCGACAAGGUCGCGCACGUUGCAGCACAUGGAGCGUGAACUUGACAGUGCAACAGGCAGCGAUUCUGACGAGCUCAUACCAAUUAGCAACAAAAGUGCAGCUACUCGGUUGGGUCCUGCCACCGUCGAUCAGAUAUACUCGGACACGGAUGACUCGUCUCUUGAUCGUACCUCUUCUAAGUCAACGCACGUUAUCACCAAAAGCGUUGCUGCCAAAUCCACAACAAGUGAAUCUUCUAAGAAGAAGGAGAAGGAUAAACACAAAGAUAAAGACAAGGAUACCAAGGAUAUCAAGGAUAUCAAGGAUUCGAAGGAAUCGGUGCUUGACGAUACCAAGAAAGACACAGGCACAAAGAACAAAGAGAAUCAGAAGGCGGCUAGUAAAAAGAGAGAAUGCAUAGCGUCAGCACUGAUAGUUCCGCAGCGGCAAGCUGCAAAGAAAGCCUCCGAGAUUAUGCAGCGCUCACAGAACAAAAAGGAAACGACGACAUCGAUGGCCGCAAGCGAACCAGCGACAGAUGUUAAACCUCCGACGAUAGAAGACGUGAAAACAGUUGUUAAGCCACCGAAGGAGUCUAAGGACUCUAAGUCACUGUCUUCGUCGACCACGUCCUCCAGAAAACAAAAGCCAGAUGGUAAGUCCUGGUCGAGGUCUGGUAACGAUAUUUACGAUUUUGAGAAGGAGUUUACCGAUGGCUCCGAAAUUUUGGCCUACGUACCGCAACGGCAAGCGGCAAAGAAAGCGGCUGAGCAUAUCAAGGGCAAUAUCAGUGCUAAAUCUGCAGGGGCUCCAGUCGAUCCUGAAUCAUCUGAUAGUAAAGUAAAGAAGGAAACUUCCGACGUUACCACAGCCGGCCCCAAGAAGAAACCAGAAAUGAAAAAGGAGGAGUCGCCUGUGACGGAGGAACCACCUGCGACACCAAAGAAACCGAUGAAGAAAAGUCCAUCGAAGCUGCCUUCCGAUUCGUCAAGUUCUAGCAGCAGUAGCAGCAGCUGCAGUAGCUCAAGUGAUAGCAGUAGCGAUUCCGAUGAUACCAAGAGUCCGGAACAAUCGUCGCGACGCGCAAGUAUUAAUAAAGAAACGGCUUUGUCAUCUUCGACCUCAUCCGAAAGUGAUUCGGGACAUCAUUCCAGUAGUCGCGGUAAGACUAGUAUCCCAAGAGGUCGUGCCAAUCUGAAUAAAUCUGAUAGUAAAGCAGAAAGCAAAGCCGAUCUCAAGACAGAAAGCAAAGUGGUUGAGGAGGAGGACAAAAAAUCAAGCUCUAUUUCAUCUUCUUCAGGGACGGGGCGGAAGCUUAAAAAGCUGCCCGACAAGAAGCUUAAAACUUCCGACGGGCGGCAUGGACACGAGUUUCAGCCGCCGUCUACUGAAAGAGAUGAACCGAGUCGAUCCUCCUCCGCCAGUCACAAGGACGAGCACAAAGACAGCAAACAACUUAAAGACCAACAGCAGCUUACCAGUAAGCUUAAGCCUGCCGAACCAAAGGACAGUGCCACUAAGAAAUCAGCUGCCGUUCAGCCCCAGCAACAUCGCCAUCAGCAGCAGCACCAGUCACAAGCUGAAGCUGAUGAAAGUCUGCUCAGUGGGUCUCGAAAUAAUGAUGGGUCACGAAAUUUAUCUGGGCUCAAAUCUGCUAAAAAAUCCGGCCAAGCCGCCAAGCAGUCCCAGCAACAACAACAGCAGCAGCAGCAACAGCAGCAGCAACGUCAAGAAGCAUCACCCGCUAAAAGCAAGGAAGAUGUCUCUACGACUCCGAAAGGAAAGGCCACGGAGGCUCGUAAACGAAAAUCUGGCGAAAGCCCGCAAAAAGAAGAAAAGAAUAGUAGCAAAGAUGCGUCUCCGGUCAAAAAGGUGGAGAAAAGACUGAGUGAGAGAUCUAACGACAGGUCGACCUCUAAAGACAAUGUUGAGCGGGACUCGAGCACCUCGAGGGUCGCCACAGUAGAGCCCAUACAGAAGAGUGUUCCAUCAGCCUCUGAAAGUCCGUCAACGAAGAGUGAUAGUGGUAAGAAAUCAAAGAAGGGCAAUAAUAAGAACGUGUCUGUGACAUUAGAAGAAGAGUUAAAGCAGCGUAAAGCCGAAAGAGAUAGUCCAAAGAAGACGUGGAGAGGUUUUGAUAAACUGUUGGAGAAGCGUGAACAUCUAGACAAGUUAUCGAGAUCAAAGAACGCAGAAACUAUCAAGCCAGAAAAGAGCCAACCUACUACCGAAAAGCCUGCAAGAUCUGAUAGGUCUGAGACCCCAGAAAUGCACAAAGUUAGCGAUCGUUCAAAGAGCGAGGAUAAUAAGAGUUGCGCAGUCGAAACCAAAAAGUCCGUGCCAACAAGGGAGUCUAAAGAAAGUAGGCUCGGUAUCGAAACGGCCUAUAGGAAAGAUUUAAGUGACGCCCCACUCGCUGAACGACUAACCGAUGACAACAGAAAAAUAUCCGAAGAAAAAACAGAAAUGUCUGUAAGCAACGCUGAGCACAUGGAACACUUAAAGCCACAACACAAAGAUGAUGUGCUGAGCAAGGUAGGUGGUGAGCACUUGCUUGCUAAACCGCCCGCCGACAAACUUGCUGCAAUAAACGAAAUCAGUGAAAAGGAAAAUAGCAACAAGCGAAGACGAUCUACGAAUCGAUCCAUAUUCUCACCUCAGCACGGUAGCAAGGAUGCUGGAGUACCUGAACUGUUUGACUUUGAUCAGGAUAUCCUCAAUGACGACAUCAACGACGAUGGCUUCAGCAUACCGCGAGAUGCUGAGGAACGUGCGGCACCGCUAUCUUUUUCUUUCAACAACGAGCUUUGGUUCAAGGAAGAUACGAAGGAGGAUAGUGCGAGGGAGACUCUACAUCUCGUUGAAAAACUCCGCAUGGAGUUAUCAAAGAAGUCGAAUUCUAGUCAGUUUGACCUGGAACCUACUAUCGCAGCCGCGGCUGCUGUCGUCACUGAUGAUGCAGAAGUUAAGGGAUUGCGUGCUGCUGAUCUGAAACUCAAAAGUCAGUUGCAGCAGCAGCAGCAACAGGAAGAACAGGAACAACAAAAUCAGCAUCCGCUGGAUGAACAACAAGACAUGGCAAAAGAAACACCACCAGCUGAGUUGGCGGCAGCUGAACUUAAGAGCUCUAGCAACUCACAACUAGUUGAAAACAUUGUACAGGCAGAAGCUCAACGAGUUGAAGAUAAGCCGAAACCUUGUUAUCCAAACAAUAGUGCGCCCAUGUUUAUGCCUUCCUUCAUUAGCGAGGAUCACGAAAGUAGCAAAGUAGCUAUGGCCGAGCGUGCGAAGUUGGACAGAGCCGAAGCCGACGAGCGGUGGGUUCCACCGAGUGCCGAUACCUUUAGCGCUGCCGAACAACUAAGCGCCCUUAUCGACAGUCAGGCUCAGCGCUACGGUGUUGCAGGCCAGCAGUUCUCGAACGAUCUCACCGCAGCAGUUCUAGCCGCAGAAAAUGCGAAUGCGGCAAACGCCCUUGUUCAUUCGCAACUACACAUGGACAUGCAAGAUCAACAGUACAUGAUGCGCGCUAUUAUGGAUCCCCAUAGCGAACAGCAGGCUCGAACGGUUCAGGGCCUGGCCUCUCUCGUCGAGCAGCAAGUUGGAGCGAUUCCAACUCACAUGGUCGAUGAGAUGGUGAAUCGACAUCUAAUGGGUCUACCGGGUGCUGAUGACGAACAAAACAGCGAAAUGGAUCGAACUCUCGACAAGGACGAAAUCGGCUCGGAACUGGCGCGCCAAGACUAUACUGUCGGAGGCUCGCCUUACAAUGAUCUUGCCACCGUUCGCGGCCAGGAUACGAGAUGGGCCGAGAGUCAAGUGCUGCCAUCGCGUCGUUCGACCUCUUCAUCCAUUACGUCGGCUUCCUCGGUUGACGAUCACUCUGGCAUUCCACCAUACAAGGGCAAUAACACUGGGGCUACAAGCUCUGUUGGUGCGAGUUCUGGCAUGCCGUCGAUGAAUUUCCCAUUGGAGGGUUCUUACCACACGUACGAGCCGUCAUCCAACAGUAGCUUUACGGGUCCAGUGUCUUUGUUUCCGCCACAACCGAGUAGCGCCCAGCUACCAUAUCCAUCUCCUGGCGCAGCUAUGUUUCCGCCACCGUUUGGCGCACCUUUCCCCACGCCGCAAUCCUUACUACCUCAUGUAUCAAAGCCACUAGAUGAACAGCAGGUGAUGCAGGCUUCACCUUGCACAGCCGCCUUCACCUCGUCCUCGCAUAAUAUGGCCUUCACUGCGGCCAUGGUCUCUCCAAGCAAGAUGCCUUCGCCACCACCUGGACAUUCGGCUCUCGACGAGCGCGAUCACUCUCAGGAUCUUUAUGAACAACAACAACAACAGCAGCAGCAGCUCGAACACCAUCCGCCUAUCGAAGAAAGCCCGGCGGCUGCUGUGGCGACGGCCUUCCUUAACAGCCUCCCAGAGGCUAGUAUUCCGGAACGGCCUAUAGAGCACGUGCACGAGACACCGCCGAGCGAACAGGCUAAGAGUGCAACCGCUUCAGCGGGUAAGAAGUCGCCGUCCAAACCCACCAGAACAUCGGCCCGAGUGACGUCGCAACAAGGAAAGUCGCCUGGCAAGUCACCGCGACAACAGGAGGCUACGAAACCUGGUCCGAGCAGUCGAGCUCGUGGCAGAGGAGGAAAGUCUAGUCAACAGUCCAGUUACAGAGGAAGAGGUAGAGGUCGAGGAAGGGGGCGAGGCAAAAGUUCACAUCAUAAUAGUUCGAUACACAGUGAUGACUCUAUCCACAACAAACUUGUCGGCAGCGUAUACGACUUCGAUUCGGACGAGGAUUCUCCAGGCGAGACGAACAUCGCCGACCUGCGAACGAUGCGCGAGCGUAAAAAGUCGAUCGAGCUCUCGUCAACCGUUAGCAGUGAGAGGCGUGAUAGCCUGGCCAUGGCUAACGACUCGCUUGUCUCUCAAUUAGGCAGUCUCGCAGAUCAGCAGAUGCUGCACAAGAGCUAUACGGAAAGCAAGAGGUUAGCGAUAAGCUCGCCGUCCAUGCCAGGUGACGACUCAACAAUGGGCGCAGAAUCUGAAUCUGGUGCUUGUCACGGUUUCAACGAUCCGGUAAUGCCAUUACUACCAGGGCCCGUAGACAUGCGCACCUACAACUCAAGCGUUGAUGCUCAGGGCUCCUCGUUACACGGACAGUCCUACACCAACCAUCUACUCGGUUCGUUCGCUGGUGUCUCCACCGAGCACUCCAUCCCCGACAUGGAAGAGGACUUGGACAAGGAGCUGCACUCUACUCUCGUAGCAAAACAACAACCUGAUCUUGCGUCGAAGGGUAUACCUACAUUAGAUCCAGCAGCUGCCGGUCUCGCGGGUGACCCCAGCAAAGUGUCACUCAUGGAUUCGCGCAAUCAGCUGAAGGUAAAAAUUAAAGGCCCGUUUUUGGACGCUAACUACAUGGCGGCCUCGGCAGCGGCUAUGCCUCUUGCACAGCAGGUCAGUCCAAUCAUACCACCAACGAACAGCGUCUCCGUCGUCGGCUCGGGAACCUCCAAUCUUCGUCGUAUGCGUAAAAAGGAGUUGUUGCGCCAGUACUGUUCUCAAGACAUGAACAUGGACGAUCCAGCAAGCGGGACUGUACCUAUGGUAACACCUGUCAUUCCACCCAUUAGUCGCUCCUUUAUCGCCAUACCGAAGGCUGUGGACUCGAUGACGAGCAUACCUACUCGGGAAGAUUAUAAGGCUGUUGUCGUCAACAUCGAAAAGAAACGUCGCAAAGAACGCGCGAGCAUCGGCAGUCUCGGCAGCUUUCUCGACGCGCCCAUUUCGGGUAACGAGGACGAACAGCAGCAGCAACAGCAGCAACAACAACAGCAGCAGAUCAUCGGCACGGAAAGGCGGCGCUCGUCCAGUGGAGCGCCGGCUAGUACUGAACGACGACGCGGCAGACAGCCCAGGCCGUCAACGCAACCAUCCGCUUCUGGUUCUAGUACACAAGCGACCGCUGGUCCUCCUAAACUCAAGAUCAAAAUUGGCAGUGGUACCCAAGAGACGACGGCGAGCUUGCAGCAAGACGAUCGCAGUAGCAUUAGGCCGCCGAAGAAACGAUUGAGCAGUAUACCUAAUAUGCCGAGCAUGGAGGAGCUUAGGCGUGAUAGUAUGAAGUACCGAAAGAAGAUCGAAAAGGAAUUCGAGGGUAGCUCUGAAAAGACUGGCAAGAUCAAGCGUGACAAGAAAGACAAAAACGGCAAAAGAAAAAAGAAGGCAAGCAAAGAAAAGGGAGAUAAGGAGGGCCGAGUACAGUUGCUUGAGAGCGGCGACAAGGCGCCCUGCAAGCUUAUCAUAAGACUGGGCAAAAGCAAUCCGGAUAGUGCAGCAUGCAGCGACGAGGGUUCGAGUGCGGCCGCUGGCUCCGCGAUGACAACGAUGCCGGCGACGGGAACCACGACGAGCACGACAACAGAGACCUCGACGAGUAGCGCAACGACUGGUACAGGCACGAGCCAGGAGAGUUGCGAGCAGGCGAGGCUAGGCCCGCCUCCGUCGACGGCCGAGGAGGAGAACAAUACCACCGGGAACAAGUCGGAAGAAGCGCCACUGGAGGGUAGGCAGCCACCCGCGCAGCAGGAGAACUCGUCCGCGAGUACCUUGAGGAAGGUGCGCUGCACCAAAGUGUCACCCAUCAGGUUAAAAUUGACGCGAUGCCAAGAGGGCUACGAGCUCAAGUCGCCGGGAGCAACUGUCGCAGCUGGAGAGCAGCAGCAACAGGCGACAGGGCAGUCUGACGACUUGGCUAAAGGUCAGCAGCAGGAGCAGCAGUCUACUGAAAGCAAAAACGACAAGGAGGAAGUAAAGGAGGAGGCGUCGUCUUCCAUGGGAGACGAGAAGCUCCCUUUACUGGGCCAGUCCGCGACGGCACAGCAUAGCUCGCCUGGCUGUCCGCCGGCGCCGCUCCCACAAGGAUGCCAAGUUAGGUGAUAAUUAAUGAUAACUGUAUAAUAAAGACAGGGAAACCAACACUAAAUAAUCUGGUUCUCACAUAGACAAUGAUUAUGUUAUUAUUAUAUUAUAUGUUAUAUAUAUAUAUAUAUAUAUAUAUAUAUAUAUAUGUAUAUAGUAUAUAUACAUGUUUCGCGCGUAUAUGUAUAUAUAUAAUAUUCAUAUAUGUACGAUAUCCAAUGUUGGGACGGAGAGACUCACUAGUUAAAUGAUAAAUGAAGAAUAAAACGCGUUGUAAGUGUGUAUAAUAAAUUAUUCGAUAAUUGUAAGUGUAAAUGAUCUGAGGGUGAAGUGAAAUGUCACAAAGUGCCCAAAUUCACCAUAAUUAUUAUAUAGCAUGUGCAUUUCAAAAUAGAAGAAUGCGCGAGAAAUCGAGCGAAAUGAGAGUAAGGAAGAGAGAGAGAGAGAGAGAGAGAGAGAGAGAGAGAGAGAGAGAGUGAGAGAGAGAGUGAGAGAAAUAAAGUAAUAUGUGGUCUCAAUGGCGUACGCUGCUCAUCGUUGAAGGUGUCGCUUGUUUUUGGUGAUAAAGUCGUAUUCCAGCCUGAUCCUUGUCCAUGUUGAGGAAAAGUCUUCUUUCUUUUAGAAAUCGCACGUUUCACUACGGUAAAUACUUCAUUUUUAUUCUUUAUUUUACUGAACGUAACCCUUAAAAAAAGUUGUAAAGAUUGUUGGAAGUGAUACAAUUAAAUAUCAUUAAAUAAUUAAAUGUUAUUUGCAAAUCUUUAAUGGCUACUCAUAUAAAUGAAGGAUAACUACGUAAUCCUAGGUACCUUUUUUUGAAAAAGCAUAACAUUCUUUAUUUAAUUACUUGUUACAUGUAUAUGCUGUUUUCUUUGUAGCAAGAGAAAAAAUGCACAUUUUUAAAAUCUUAUUUUGUCAGCAAAAUUGACUUCUUAAUUAAAGUAAAAAAAUUCACUUUGAGCCAGUUUAUAAGUAGUUACUUUUCUUUAAUUUUAUUAUAAAAUAUCUUUCUUAAGAAAUGAAGCAAACAAGAACCUAUUUCUGUGAUAUAAAAGUUGAGAUUUUUUUAUAGAUAUUUAUUAUAUAGUAAUGCAGUAAAUAAUUAUAAAUAUAAUAACGCCAAACGUUUAUUAAGGAUGUAGUUUAUGUUUAUAUUGAUUACAAAUAUUUUAAACUUGGCUAUAAUUUACAUUACUUUUAUUAUAAUGUGUAUAUAUUUUUACUGCAAUAUUUAUAAUAAAUAUUACAUAUCUAUUAAACUACUUGUCAAUAACUUCAAAAGAAUUAUGCACGGUGUCCAGCCAACAUUGCUUUUAAUCAGAAUAGUAUCUAUUAGUUUUGACGUGGAUAUAUAAAUUUAGUAUCCAUUAAUUUUAUUAUAAGAGAUAUUUGUUAAUAUACGUCAACAAGAGAACCUAAUUUUUUUCAAUAAAUAUUUUAUACAAAUAAACGGUUGUUUGAGCAUAUUAAAGUACAGUUUCUUAACAAAUAAUUUUUACUUUGUUUAGUAUAAUUUUUUAGUUAUUGACAAUCACGAUGAGAAAUAGAUGUUUAUCGAUCAAUAUUAGAUAAAAAACUUUGUUGAUAUUAAAACGCUUUAAUUACAAAUUGAUUUAUUAUUUUUAUAAAUGUGUAUAAUUUAAGUGAAUUAUUGCUAGAUCAAAAUAUGUUGCAUUAACAGUAAAUUAUGUGUGUAGUUGGAAAAAUUAUGUUAAUGUUUCAAAUAAUUAUGCGAAUUCAAUUUUAUUUUGAUUUAAAAACUGGCUAAGAGAUUUUUUUUUUAAAUUGCGAUUUCUAAAACCAAAAGGCAUAAAAUAAUUGUUUUACUUGCAGUGAAACGAUAAAAACGUUUCAAAUACAAUUAAAGAAAUUAUUUUCAGUGAACGAUCGACACCUUGACGAGCGCCGAGACUUUAAUUAAGAACAUAUAAAUAUGACCCUGUACAAAAUACAACAAAACAUUACACUUCAUAAAUCACAGUUUAAAAUGUGAUUUUUAAACACUCUAGAGUAAUGACUUUUAUUAAAAAAAAAAAAAACAUUAUACAAGUACAUUUCCAAAACCAAGUAACGGUAAAAUAAUAAUAGUUGUACGAAAGAAAAGAAACGCAACGUCGUAUUUAUAUACAAAAAAAAGAAGAAUAAUACAAAUCGGUUUUACCUUUUUUACCACACUCAUUUUUCGUUCACUCUUUUAUCGCAUUCGUUGUACCACGAACGGCUCUUGAAUUUACAAUAAUGAAAGCGAGGGAAUCAUACAACUAAGAAAAAUUUGAGAGAUAAUCAAUAAAGAUACGAUCAAUAAUGUAUCUGGUUUAUUAAAGGAUACAAAUAAAUAUUUUGUACGCGAGAAGCCUUUUCUGGUUGCAAUUAACGUACACACAUACAAACAAACUGAUCACCGGACACGUAUUUUGUAAAGAUGCACUAAAUAAGAGCCGAUCAAUUUUUAUCACUUUUUUAUGUAUAGAUGAGCAGCUAAAUGAUGUAAUUCGCCGCUUCGGAAGAUGCGUAUAUAUAUAUAUAUAUAUAUAUAUAUAUAUAUAUAGAUUUUAUAAUAGUUAAACAAGUUGUUAAAUAUCAUCCUUUCGUUUGUAAGGUAAAUAAAGAAGAAUUAAGAAGAAAA